ACAACAACAACAACAAUUUCAGAAAAAAAAUUCCUCCUCAUAGGUGUCGCGCUGAUCGGCCCCGGCCUAAGGGGCCAUGACGCGUUGGCCCUUUCAUUAUUUAUUAUUGCUCUCGGUGGCAGUAUUCUGUGUGCCGGGUGUCAUAGCGCUGCACGACGAACAAAAUAGAACAAUACUCAAUGUUGGCUAUCUAACAGCCAUUACCGGUGAACUAAUGGACAAGCAGGGUCUGGCCAUUUCAGGUGCACUCACGAUGGCUUUAGAUGAGAUCAACGAUGAUGAAAAUUUGCUGCCAAAUGUUAAGUUGCAGCUACGCUGGAAUGACACAAAAGGUGACACGGUGACUGCUACCAAAGCCAUUACCGAAAUGAUAUGCGAUGGCAUUGUGACGAUAUUCGGUCCAGAGGGUCAUUGCUAUGUGGAGGCUAUUGUAUCACAAAGUCGUAACAUUCCAAUGAUAUCAUAUAAAUGCGCUGAAUACAGAGCAUCUGCGAUACCGACAUUUGCACGCACCGAGCCGCCAGAUACGCAGGUCAUUAAGUCGGUGAUCUCUUUAUUGCGUUACUAUGGCUGGAAGAAAUUCUCCAUUUUGCAUGACGAGCUGUGGACCACAGUAGCCGAUUUGCUCAAAGAACAGGCCACCAAAAGGAAUAUGACAAUAAAUCACAAGGAAGCGUUUCUAACAAAUAUGCCGAAAUGUUGUGCGCUGGGGUUGCCAUGUUGUCGCACAAGUUUUUGGUAUCAGACUGUACAAAAUACAAUGAAUCGCACCCGCAUCUAUGUAUUCCUUGGUUCGGCGAGUUCUCUGGUCGAUUUUAUGCUUUCCAUGGAAACGAGCAAUUUGUUCCUUAAAGGUGAAUACAUGGUCAUCUUUGUCGAUAUGAUGCCCUAUACACCAAAGUAAGUACUGUUGCACAGACGCAAGCACACACCCAUACACAUACACAGGCAUACAUUUGCAGCAUUAUUGAAAGUCACUCAUUGUGUGCCUUACAAACGCACUGACACUGUGUAAGCCUUCCAACAUAUAUACUUUGCAAUAGCAUAUCAACCAUUUCACUAUUUAAUUGCAAUUCUUUAUUUGCGAGUAAAUACAUAUACCGUUAAUUGUGCACUAUUUGCAAUCUUACCUUUAUUUGUUUCUUUUUUCCAUUAAUUUCAUUGCGCCUCUGCCAACAAA